UUAUAUAAACUCAAAAAUGACAGACUCGUCUAAUUUGCAGCAAGAACAAGUCACUGAUUACUGCAACAGUUAUUAAGUGGAGAUGUACCUUCUCUUAUUUAAUUUUUAUAUUCUUUGGUCUUCAGUAAAGAGUUGCACAAACAAUCAAGAAGCAUACCAAGUUACAGUAUCGUAUAUAAGUUAUAACGUGUGUGUUAAAAGUUUCCUCUGGUGGUGCACUAGGCGUGAAAAUAUUGUCCGAUAUCGGCCUGAAACGCGAUAUCGUUGUUGUACUGGCUGGUCGGGCUACAGGUGUCGAACACCUGUGUGUAGCUGCAGAAAUGGAGGAACCUGUGCCGCUCCCAAUGUUUGUAAAUGUCCUAUUGGUUACAAGGGAAAUUCAUGCGAAAAACCUGUUUGCUAUGAAGUCUGUGCUCAUGGAUUUUGCAGUAGUCCAAAUCAUUGUUCAUGUUACCAAGGUUACACAGGAAGACAAUGCGAAAAUCCUGUUUGUCAACCUUCCUGCCAACACGAUGGACAAUGUGUGAGCCCCAACACGUGUCAUUGUACGAACGGAUAUACUGGCGUUAACUGCAAUCAACCAAUCUGCAAACCAACCUGUAGAAAUGGGGGGACUUGUACUCCGGGGAGAAAGUGUGUUUGUACUUCUGAAUACAGUGGAACAUCAUGCACCAUUCCGGUCUGCAACCCGCCAUGUAAGAAUAAUGGCACGUGUGUUGCUCCAAAUCAGUGCAUAUGUGAUGGAACAUACACAGGAAAUAAUUGCGAAACACCUCUAUGUUCCUACCACACUCCUUGCUUCCCCGGUAAAUGUGUUGAUAACAUUCACUGUCAGUGCGAGGAUGGAUUCAGUGGCCAAUAUGGAUUAGAUCUCUGCAAAAUAAUGUCAGCUUCUCUACACCCAACUAUUGCACAGUGUACCUCGUUCCUUGCUAAAAUUGAACGCACGGGACAGAAAAGGGAACUCUACAAAUACAUGUCAGAUUCAUCAGAACCGAACUCAACAAGGAUUGACACCAGAUGGGUGAACGAGAAAGAUUAUAACUUUGUUAAUGUACAAUUCUCCGCAACAUUUAAUGAUCUGAGUGGAUUUAAGAAUCCGGACUAUGUUGAAGAUUUUAAGUUUGGUGUAGUCUCCGGAAAGAUCCAAUUGGAUUUAACCAAAAUUGAUAGAAAUGAUCCUUCUAAGCCAUACAUAAGUAUCAACAAGACCGUGCUUGACUGCCCGGAAAACCCAGGCUCUUUGGCUCCAAAUGAUAGCAUAUACUGGUGCAAUUUUACCGACCCUAAUUUUGACAGAGUUUUGGAACAUGGAGACAAUUUAACAUUAACAAUAAUUGCAACAAGUGGAGGAUAUCGCAAACUUAGAAAACCACAUGGACACCAAAUGGACAUAUUCAGAGGUCAAAAUGCUAGCAAAGCAACACGAUUUCGAUUUGAUUUUAAGACUCCUUAUCAUUGUCUGAUUGAUGGCAAAUGUAAUAGGACAUCAUUUAACGUUGACGAGGAUAUAACAAAGAAACCAAUACGAUUUCACUGGAACGGAUGGACAGAUGAAAUGUCAGGAAUAGAAAAGUAUACCAUUCAGGGAUAUUUCCUAGUGCCAGAUAAUGAGGUUAUUCCAAAACUUCAUGAACCGGAUCCAUGGAAUCCACAAAGAACAUUUGAAUUUAAUUCAACCUCAAAUUCAUAUACCUUUGUACCUGAAAACCCUGGAAUGUACUCGUUUAUUUUAAAUGUGAUUGACGCCGCAAAUAACACAGAGUAUGCCCGUACUCUUGUUUUAUAUGAUCCGAAGUCCAAGAUAACUGUUUCCAAUAUAUCAUCAGACAAAAUUAAAGCUGUGAGUGCCAUUGAAGAAACUGGUUUUAUGUGGCAGGAUAAUUUAAAUAAAAAUAUUAAACUUUCGUGGAAAGGUCAUUUUCGAAAUUCCUUUCACGACAAGAACAAAUUGCUUAAUCGAGUAUCACCCUACAAGUACUACGAGUUCCAGACAGACAUAAAAAAGAAUGUAAAGCCACAAAUGGAAGACCUGGAUGGCAAAAGAACACUAGAACAGAUACAAAAUAUUCAUGGAAUUACCAAAUUUGAAUAUGCAUACAAACAUGCCAAUUUAGGAAUGGCUACACCAAAACUUUGGAUACCUGUUAAUGACUCGUUUUCAGAAUUCCAAGAAUUUUUUACUCAUAGAAGGGAUGGGGAUGCCAUAAACUUUUGGAUAAAAGCUACAGAUAUCAUGGGAAAUACAAAGAUAGAUAUAGCUCAUAUUUAUUUUGAUUCUUCACCGCCAUCUGCUUUAACACAACAUGAUGUUAUUUUCUACCCAAAUUUAAAUAUUUCGACAUACUCAUUUUCAAGUCGAUUACAGAUUGAUGCAAGUGAUAUCGAAAGUGGUAUUUUCAAAAUCAGCUGGAGAUUGAUAGCCAAUGAGAGUGGAAUUGUCUUCAAGACAGGAAAUUUGACAGGAAAUAAAACUGAUAAAUAUCCCGGCAUCAAGGAAGGUUAUCGUAUUGCAUCAGAUGAUUAUUACUACAUAAGUCAUUUUCUAAAUGUUGAUAACUGCUGGAUGGUUGUUCCUAAAGAAAAUACACUGGAAGAGUCAAUAUUACUUGAGUUAAUUGUAUUUAACAUGGCAAUGAAAUCCACCUCAUAUAAUACAACGUUAUCUGAUCUGUCAUCUCUCGAUGGAAUGGAUCAGUAUUCAGGUCCUAUGCAUCUAAAAAUCGCUGCAACGUACGACAACGGUGUCCGGCUGAAGUGGGAUUUAGCUCCAAGUUGCUAUGGAAGAUCUAGAAUUAUUGUUCGGUAUUUUUCAUCAGAUGGUAGAAGUGUUACAAAAGUUGUCGACAAAGAUGCAGACUGGUUUGAUCUUACUGGAUUAGACUCGGAAAAAUACUAUAACUUAACUUUUAUCACAGAAUAUGGGCAACAACAGAGCGAUCCAGUUUUUAUGCAUUUCAAAACUUUAAAAACGCCGUCUGUUUUAACUGCAGGAAGGAUUGCAGGAAUUGGAAUUGUUAUGUUAAUUCUACUCAGUGGUGUGAUCGGGAUGGUAGUCCUAUGGAGAAUGGGUCGAUUGUCUUUGGUAAAAGAAGGAAUCCAGAGACGGGUCACAGUAGUCCGUAAACGAAUAAACAACCGUUUAUCCGCUGCAUACACUAACCGAUCAUACGAGGAUGACAUUUAUUAUGUAUAUGGACAAAUGGAAUUCAAUGAAGAGGACAGCUGGAUCCUUCCGUCUUCGUCAAUUGUGUUGGAAUCCCUUGUAACAAGUGGAAGAUUUGCAGAUAUCUAUAAAGCCUCAUACAAAUCUAAACAAAACUCAGAUGAAAGGGGAAUUGUUGUAGCAAAAAUUCUAAAAUGUGGUUUCACAGAGGAUGACGUGCUAAUGAUGAAAGCAAAAAUUAAUUUUCUGGGUAAAGAAGUUGGAGAACAUCAAAAUAUACUCUUGUUUCUUGGAGCUGUUGUAGAUAACAAUGCCUUGGGACCAUAUAUGAUUCUAGAAUAUUGCGAGAAAGGUCAAUUGUGUGAUUGGUUACUGGAUCAGAAGAAUGUCACUACAGAUGAUGUUGUGGAGCACCUGUACAGAAUCGUCUACGGUAUUUCCCGGGGAAUGUGUCACCUAGAAACUAAAAAGAUCCUGCAUCGGAAGCUUGGUGCUAGAAAUGUUCUUCUUACCGAUGAACUGGAACCGAAGAUCUGCGGGUUUGGUCCACAUCCGCCGCAAAAAGCUGAAGAUGACGGAGAUGGGGAUACCAAAUCUAAUGACAAAGAACGAAUACCCAUAAGAUGGGCAGCACCGGAAUGCCUCAUCUCUAUGAAAGAUGCAUCAAGCAAAAGCGACGUUUGGUCCUUUGGAAUCGUCCUCUGGGAGAUCUUCAGCUUAGGCGAUAGUCCCUAUCCAGGAUUGCGAAGCCGAGAAGUAAAAGAAAGGGUAAAUGAUGGAUACCGAAUGAAAAGACCCGAAUUUGCCAACGACUUCUACUAUAAAUUGAUGAUGCAGUGCUGGCAAGGAAAACCAAAACAAAGACCAACAUUCAAAGAGCUGAUGAAGAAAAUUGGAGAAACAUUCAGUUCAGCACCAGCGGAUGAAUGUUACUAUUAUUCCGAAAAGUAAGAAGA